GCGGCGUCCAGUCGCUGGCCAGGGCCCGGGGCCCCACGUGGGGACGGCGCGCUGCCAUUGGCUGCGGCCGGGCGGAGCUGCCACAUUAUUUUGUUACUUUUCAGUCCCUAUUUGGAACUGCUCUCGCGGCGGUUCAGACCUCGUGCUCGUCCCCCUCGCCAGUCUGUGUGUGGUAUCCGCAGGUCCGGGGCACUUUCUGUCGGUGUGCCUGUGUGUGUGUGCGUGCUGGGGUGCGGUGUGGUGUGUGUGUGCGUUCUGGAGGGGUUUGUCGGGGCACCGAGAUCCGGGCCGAAGGGAAGGAAGGAAGCAGCGGAGCUCCCCGGCCUCCGGCAGCGUCUCUGUGCCUGCGCUGUCCUGCCUGCGCGCCCCGAGCGCUCCAAGCGGGGGGACGCGGCGCCAGAGCUGGGAGCAGCGAGGACCCCGUUCGUUGGAGCCAGGAUGCCCGUGAGGCUGAUUUGCACUUACUGAGCCCCGGAGUUCCUCCCCGGUCCUAGGAAGGGCUUGCGGCGGCGGCGGCAGCAGACGGAACAGCAGGCUCUCCUCUCCGAGGGGGGGCGGCGAAGCGCCCGCAGCGCGCUCCAGCCCGCACUCUCCGGUGUUCCUGCGGCCCCGAGCCUCCAGCCUCGGGGCCUGCCUCGUUCCUCCUCUUCGUGCCUUGGGAAUCGGACUCUCGCGCCUCGGAUGCUUGGGGCUGCCCCGGCGCGCCCCCCUCUCGGCGCGCAAGGAGCUGAGUGACCCGGAGGGGACCCGCGGUCGCCCCAGCAGAGGCCCCUGGCCUCCGGACUCCGCGUCGGCCUCGCCGGGGGGAGCCAACGAUGUCCGCGGAGCCCCCGGCCCUGACGCGCUGCACGCAGCCCCGGGAAGGCAGUCGGCCGAAGCCCGCCGAGCCCUAGGCGCACAAAGCUCGCGCCCGGCCUCCGACGACUUUGCCGCCUGCUUCGCGGCUCUUUGUCUGCGCUUGGGGCGGGCGCCCGACUCUGGGAUUUCGCUGCGAGAGCGGGCUGGGGGGGCCGGGGGCGAGUUCUCGGUUCCCCGGCCGCCCCCUGCUCGGACUCGGCUCCCCCCACCCCCGCACCUCCCCGGCCCGGGCUCUCGGUGCUUCCACGCUCUCGGAAUCACGACCCCUCCCUGCCAUGUAUCCGCAAGGCAGACAUCCGGCUCCCCAUCAGCCCGGGCAGCCGGGAUUUAAAUUCACGGUGGCCGAGUCUUGCGACAGGAUCAAAGACGAAUUCCAGUUUCUGCAAGCCCAGUAUCACAGCCUCAAAGUGGAGUACGACAAGCUGGCGAAUGAGAAGACGGAGAUGCAGCGCCAUUAUGUGAUGUACUAUGAAAUGUCCUAUGGCUUGAACAUUGAAAUGCACAAGCAGACAGAGAUCGCGAAGAGACUGAACACGAUUUUAGCACAGAUCAUGCCUUUCCUGUCACAAGAGCACCAGCAGCAGGUGGCACAGGCAGUGGAACGCGCCAAGCAGGUCACCAUGACGGAGCUGAACGCCAUCAUCGGGGUACGUGGACUCCCCAGUCUGCCUCUCACCCAGCAGCAGCUCCAGGCACAGCACCUGUCCCACGCCACUCACGGGCCCCCCGUGCAGUUGCCGCCCCACCCGUCAGGCCUGCAACCUCCAGGGAUCCCCCCAGUGACGGGGAGCAGCUCUGGGCUGCUGGCGCUGGGCGCACUGGGCAGCCAGGCCCACCUGGCAGUGAAGGAUGAGAAGAAUCACCAUGAACUUGACCACCGAGAAAGAGAAUCCAGCGCGAAUAACUCGGUGUCGCCCUCAGAAAGCCUCCGAGCCAGUGAGAAGCACCGGGGCUCUGCAGACUACAGCCUGGAGGCCAAAAAGCGAAAGGCGGAGGAAAAAGACAGCCUGAGCCGAUACGACAGCGACGGGGACAAGAGCGAUGAUCUGGUGGUGGAUGUCUCCAAUGAGGACCCAGCAACGCCUCGGGUGAGCCCGGCACACUCCCCUCCAGAAAAUGGGUUGGACAAGGCCAGAGGCCUGAAAAAGGACGCCCCCACCAGCCCUGCCUCAGUGGCCUCCUCCAGCAGCACGCCUUCCUCCAAGACCAAAGACCUUGGUCAUAAUGAUAAAUCAUCCACUCCGGGGCUGAAAUCCAACACGCCGACUCCCAGGAAUGAUGCCCCAACUCCAGGCACCAGCACGACCCCAGGGCUCCGGUCAAUGCCGGCCAAACCUUCAGGCAUGGACCCAAUAGCCUCGGCCCUGCGCACGCCCAUCUCCAUCACCAGCUCCUACGCGGCACCCUUUGCCAUGAUGAGCCACCAUGAGAUGAAUGGCUCGCUCACCAGCCCCGGUGCCUACGCCGGCCUCCAUAAUAUCCCACCCCAGAUGAGCGCUGCUGCCGCUGCCGCUGCUGCUGCCUAUGGCCGGUCGCCCAUGGUGAGCUUCGGAGCUGUUGGUUUUGACCCUCACCCUCCGAUGCGGGCCACUGGCCUACCCUCAAGCCUUGCCUCCAUUCCAGGCGGAAAGCCCGCGUACUCUUUCCACGUGAGCGCCGACGGGCAGAUGCAGCCUGUACCCUUUCCCCACGACGCCCUGGCAGGCCCUGGCAUCCCCAGGCAUGCCCGACAAAUUAACACACUCAGCCACGGGGAGGUGGUGUGCGCUGUGACCAUCAGCAACCCCACACGGCAUGUCUACACGGGCGGCAAGGGCUGUGUGAAGAUCUGGGACAUCAGCCAGCCGGGCAGCAAGAGCCCCAUCUCCCAGCUGGACUGCCUGAACAGGGACAACUACAUCCGUUCCUGUAAGCUGCUCCCUGAUGGGCGCACGCUCAUCGUGGGCGGCGAGGCCAGCACACUCACCAUCUGGGACUUGGCCUCGCCCACACCCCGCAUCAAGGCCGAGCUCACGUCCUCAGCUCCCGCCUGCUAUGCCCUGGCCAUCAGCCCCGACGCCAAAGUCUGCUUCUCCUGUUGCAGCGAUGGGAACAUCGCUGUCUGGGACCUGCACAACCAGACCCUGGUCAGGCAGUUCCAGGGCCACACGGAUGGGGCUAGCUGCAUAGACAUCUCCCACGAUGGCACCAAGCUCUGGACCGGGGGCCUGGACAACACCGUGCGCUCCUGGGACCUGCGGGAAGGCCGGCAGCUGCAGCAGCAUGACUUCACCUCGCAGAUCUUCUCGCUGGGUUACUGCCCCACCGGGGAGUGGCUGGCCGUGGGCAUGGAAAGCAGCAACGUGGAGGUGCUGCACCACACCAAGCCGGACAAGUACCAGCUGCAUCUGCACGAGAGCUGUGUGCUCUCCCUCAAGUUCGCCUACUGCGGCAAGUGGUUUGUGAGCACUGGAAAGGACAACCUCCUUAACGCCUGGAGGACACCCUAUGGAGCCAGCAUUUUCCAGUCUAAAGAGUCCUCGUCCGUCUUGAGUUGUGACAUUUCAGCAGAUGACAAAUACAUUGUCACUGGCUCCGGCGACAAGAAGGCCACCGUUUAUGAGGUCAUCUACUAGCCGAGGACUCUGCAACAGGGCCGUAAGCCCUGGGAACAGCGCACUGGGCUCUGGCAGGGACACCUUGGGGCACAGACCCGAGGAUGCGAGGAGGGGCCCCAGCAGUCCCACAGCUGAGGGCGUGGGCCAGACUCCUGGGUGCCACGGGCUGUGUCUCACGGGGUGGAUGGACUGUGGCCGCUGCUGGCAGAAGCUGCAGGUGUGUCUGGCCACUCACGGCUCCAGUGACCUCCCAGACGUCCUCACAGAUCUGUCCCUUGUUUCCCUUUCCUUUGGAGUUUUCCACCUGCCCACCUUGGGCCGGGGGCACUGGAGAGCGGACCACACUGUUAGCCUGGGGGUGGGGGGGGUCUCUUGUACCCAGUUGUGCAGGGCACAAAGUUUGUGGAAAGUGUACAUAACAGACUGCUCUGGCGGCGGGCAGCGUGCAGAGGCCCCUUCCCGCCGAAGCCCACCCUGUCCGCGCCUGCUGUAACCUGUAGCCUGCCCUGGCAAGGCUUCCCUUGGUUCCUUUCAUUUUGAAACAGGAGUCCCCACCUAGGGAGGGGAGUAGAAGGGAGAGGGGCUGGGGUUGGGGAGCCUGCAGCCAGGCAGGCCAGCAGGCCCUGCUGGGGUGAGCUUGCUCCUUGGGGGUUGGGGCCGUGUCUGGCCUGAGUGGCCAGGCAGAGAGGGAGAGCCCGGUGGGCAUGGGAGAGUAAGGUGGAGACCACUGCCCCCAGAGGCCACCGGGUCCCUCCGCUGUCUCCUGCCCUGUCUCAGUGUCUUCUCUCUGCCCCUCCCGGUCUUGGCCUCUCUUUCUCUUGGGUGCCCACUCUGGUGAUUGUGAUGAGAAGUGCAAGUUCGAAGGCAGUCCCUCCCCGCCCAUCUCCGCCUGCCUGCGGAGGACACAGAGGCAGAGAAUGCCUCGCAGCUCAGGGAGCGGCCAGAGACGAGUAGCAGCUGGCGGGGUGCUCUUUUUUUUUUUUUUUUUUUAAUUUGAAUAAAAAGAAUUAGAAGUGA